CAGUGUGUGUUUCUGGUAGCGUGAGUGUUGCAUGAGUGUGUGCGUGCGUGCGUGCGUGUGCGGGAAGUGUGGUAGUGUCCCGGCAGAGCCGCGCGUGGCGGGCCUACCGCGUACGUACGUCGGUCGGUGUGGCGUUCACACAGCAGAGAGGGCAGUGUGAGGUGCGCCGCCCAGCCGAGUAGAGGUGCGGCCCUCCCGUCUCUGUGCGCCUCCGCUGUAUCACCCGCCACGUCCCCGCUGUUGCCUACUCUAGAUCCCGUAUUAUAUAGAUAUAUUUAAAAACUAUGUAACCAGACUAGACAAGAACUAAAAGAAAAGGAACAAAAAAAAAACGGAAACUAAGCAAAUGAACAGAGACACAAAGGCGCCAAUGUGGAAAGCACCGAACAGACGUUAAGAGAAAAAGGAUAAAUAUAGAUUAAAAAACAAAACAAAAACAAGAAAAGAAAGAACCAAGAAAAACAACAAAGAAAGAAAGAAAGAAAAAAGUGAAGGAAAAUUCUUUAAAAAAACAAAGAAAAAAAAAGACAACUACCUCUCGGCAUCGUUCAGCAAACUUCCCCUCAACUCUCCAAUUUUUUUUUUUUCCACCUAGAUCUCUCUUAUCUCCCCAAAUACCAUUUUUAUCGUCCCGUUGCCUGUUCCCCUGAUUGUCAAGGGUGGCCCUCGUGCCCCCUGAAGCCAACCCCAUGUUCAGUGGUGGCCGGGGAUGGCCGCCCCAGGGGAAAUAUGUGCCGUGAUGACCUCCAGCCCCGCCCCGCAGCGUUCCUGAUGAUGGGAAGUGACCAGUACUGCCUCAAGUGGAACAAUCACUGGGCCAACCUGAUUCGCGUCUUCAACUCGCUGCUGCAGUCCGAAACCUUCGUCGAUGUGACCCUGGCCUGUGAGGGGCGGCACCUGAAGGCGCACAGGCUGGUGCUGUCUGCUUGCUCGCCCUACUUCAAGGAGCUGCUCGUCGCCCACCCCGACAAACAUCCCAUCGUCAUACUCAAAGAUGUCCGCUACUCUGAGCUCCGCACUCUGAUCGAGUUCAUCUACAAUGGGGAGGUUUCGGUGGAGCAGCACGACCUCGCCGACCUGCUGUGCACGGCGCGGGAGCUGCAGAUCAAGGGCCUGGCGGACAACCGCCUCCCGGGCGCAGCCCCGUCGCCCAACCCCCCCAGCAGCAGGGACCUGAGUGGCCUCACCAGCCACACGCUCACCACCACCACCGCCGCCCCCUCCACCACCACCGCCACCUCCACCACCGCCGCGGCGCCCGCCACCGCCCCGAAGAGCAGCAGGGGGCGGCCGCCCGCCGACGACCGGCCGCCGCCGCUGCUCACGGUGCUGCAGCCCAACCUUCCUGCGUCGGCGGCGUCGCAGCUGCCGCCGUACCGGUCGCGGCCGGCGUCCCGGGAGACGUCGCCGGUGCACAAGCGGCGGCGGCUGUCGACCGGGGGCAGCGACGGCGGCUCGGAGGCGUGCGAGGCCAACGGCGAGCGCCCGCGGCCAGACGCGCCCAACGGGCACUUCCCGACGCAGGAGCAGAGCAGCAGACAGUACACCGCCGUGGCGGGGCCGUCGGGGCUUCGGUUGCCGGAGCCCAGCAGGAAAGAAGACAGCACCAACCGCGACUCCAGCUGGGACGCAGAAAGGGCAACGCCGUCCAUAUCCAAGUCGUCCUCGGGGGGCCAGUCCACCGCGGCCUCCGGGGACUUCAAACUAGCGCACUCGGGCGAGGACACCGACGACGACCGGGGCGCCAUGACGAUUCAGUCACCAGAAGUCAUCUUGGAAGAAGGAGAAGUGGGAGCAGGCUCCUCGGGCCCUCCCUCAACCGUGCCAUCACCCACUCUGUGUGGCAGUGGCAUUGGGAGUGCGUCUCUCACCACCACAGGUCUGGGAGGCCCACUUCCCCCACAGGUAGCUCUGCUCCACCAGGCGCUUGCCCCAAGCUACCACCCUCUCCUCCACUACUUCCCUCCUGGCCUCCUGGAACAGCACCACCAGCAGCCUCCGGGCGUAUCUCCACCAAAGGACCUCAUGCACUUCUUAGAUGUCAUGAAAGCAAUACCUCCUCCUAGGUUACCUCUGGCUGCGCUGGGAGCUCCCAGUGCUGGGAGUGCCGGUCUGGGUCUUCCUCUCACCGGGGUAUCAGGCACAGUGGCAACGUCCACAACGUCAUUGAGCGCAGCCAGAGAGAAGGGCGGCAGCAUGACCUGUCACAUCUGUGCCAUGAUCCUCCCAUCACACCAUCGCCUAGAAGAGCACAUUCGCAUUCAUGAGGAGGAAAAGCCCUAUAAGUGUGACCAGUGCGGACAGCGCUACAAGUACCAGUCAGCGUUCCAGCGACACCAGGAACAGAACCACACAGCAAAGCUGCCAGGGGAUAAGCCAUUCCGCUGUGAUGUGUGUGGCCAGUGCUUCAAGUACCACAAGAGUUUUGCCAAACACCGCUCCAACCACGAUAUAUUAGACAGAAUCAUGAAGUCAGAAUCCGAAGCUCUCCACAAGGGCCACCCAGCUGAAUCCUACCUCCAAAAACUCCUCAUCAAUGAGUCGUCAAAGAGCGAAUCUGAAACGUCUUUGACCCUAAAAGAAGAAGGACUAGACGCUCAAGAAGAGGGAGCCGAGCGACCGUCCACAUCAAACCCCACCACAUUCAAGUCUGCCCUUCUUCAUGUGGAAAACUCAGAAAACGGCAUCAGGAAGUUCGAAGAUGGUGAAGAUGAAGAGGAAGAAGAGAAUAUUGAAGGUGAAGAAGAAGAGGGAGAAGAUGAAGAGAACAAAGGAAAGUUUGUUUAUUGUGUUAAGUGUAAGUUGACAUUCCGAGACGUGGCCAGUUUCGAGGGUCAUUGCCGAGGGUCAACAGACUGCUCACUUGAUACUUUGCGGGAAGUGUGUGUGAGUGAUGGCCACGGCCCGUCACGUCCACCAAGCAUAGCUUCUUCACCGCAGGCCUCGCCCCGGCUGUCCCCAAGCUGCGUCUCGGGACCACCUCGCUCCCCUCUCCCAGCCUCCACUCCCUUGGCUCUGCCCUCACCUCCUGCCACAACCACUCCCACAGGUGGCCUGCCUCCGUCCUCAUCUGUGGCAGUCAGUACUGCUACUGCAAGCACCACCAGUGUAACUCCUGGGACCAGCACACCUCCUGGCCAGAAUAGUUUAUUUAAACUCGACUCAAGUGGAGCAAUAAUGUUGGCCCAGCCUCCCCUUGCCCCUGUGUCGGACCCGCGUGGGGACGAGGAACGCCCCUUCAAGUGCCCCUACUGUCAGAAGGGCUUCAAGGGGAGGGAGAACCUGAAGCUUCACAUCCGCACACACACAGGAGAGAAACCUUACAAUUGUGGUGUUUGUGGCAAGGCAUUUGGUGGUCGCUCUGACAUGAACCGUCAUUUGCGCAUACACACUGGUGAGAAGCCAUACCCAUGUAAGGUCUGCGGCAAAAAGUUUGCUCGUGCAGACUACCUGUCAAAGCACAUUACCACGCACCUCGGGAUUCCAUUUGCCAAGCCAGUGCAUAGUUUGCAACAAAGUCUUCAAAAUUUAGAAAAUAUGCAAAACCUACAAAAUCUACAUAAGUUACAAAAUAUGUCUAAUGAAUAAUACCAAAAUUGCCCCAAAUAUUUAAGAAGAUAAAUUUUUAUAUAUAUAUUUACAUUCUUAUAAUAAAUUAGUUGAUAUUGUACGCACUGAAAGUGCCACAUCUGCUUAUAAAGCAGUAAAAUCAAAGGUUUUGAACCAGUGACAGAAACUGUGUUAACAUACCUAGUUUUUUAAAGUUAGGUAUUGAUAUUGUUGUCAUAUUUCUUAUUCUCAGAAGAGAUUAAAAAUGUAAGUAGUUGGUAGUGGUAAGGAUGGGAGAGUAGGCCUAUGGGCACAUCUGCAGCGUUGAGUAUCCUUGUGAUCUAGUCACUGCCCAGUGUUGCACGCAGAGCUUCACACCGUCUGCCGUGCUCACCAGGAUUAAUUCUUCAAGCCCAGUUACCAGAUUUUCUUUGUUAUCCAGAUGACUCUCUGAUAUUUUUUAUCAUUUUAUUAUUUAUUCUGUCAUUUCUCUAUUGUUUUUAUUAAGAAUUUUGAUAUGUAUAUUCUUAUUUUGAUUUUUUAAUAAUUGGUGUCAAUGAGGAGCUAGAAAGCUCUUUCCUCUAUUGCUGACGGCCAGUGGCUUGUGCUGGGCCAGGAGGCUUGAGGUCAUAGUACAAGGUAGGUUAGUGUGGGCGUGGGUUGUAUCCAGUGCCCUGUGGAGUUACUCUCCCUCUUACCACCCAACCAACUGCACCAUCUGCGUCACCUGGCCGCUUCCCAGUGCGACAUGACUGCCAAAAUCACCUCAUGCCUAGCUGCAAAGUCCCACUUUUCCCCUUCCUUUUUUUUCUCUCUCAAUUCCUCUGAUUUUAAGCGACAGCAGGGGCACAGGGCCUUGAACCUGCCCAAGGUUGGUCUGGAGACCCGAGGUUGCCUCGCUAUGGUCAGUGUUAGGCAAUAGCUGUGCGCAUAGCCACAAGUGUAUAACUAUGUACUGGACUGUUUUUGCUGUGGAGGUCUCAAGCCUUCUUUAUUGUCAUUGUGGUCUGGUGUUGCGGAGGUUGCCUGACCUGUACACCCACCCCAGUGGAUCAUGAUGGUGCUAGCAUCUAUGUCUGUGUGCACUUGCCUGGUGAACCUGACAUUGGCGACCUUCUUGAAUACCUUUGAUUUAUUUUCCACAAUAACACUAGAAAUGGGAAAAGUUAUAUUUGUUGAAAGUUUGAGGUAUUAAGGAAUGGUAUGCCCAAAGUGAGUUUGAGCCAGCCACUGGUGGUCCAAUGGACCAUGGUGGGUUGUAGGAUGGGCUGGUGUUAAUAUAACAGUCUGGCUUUUGACAUGCUGGCUGGACUCUAAACUGCCUGCUCGUGAUAGUGUCAAAAGUACAUACUAUAGAGCAUUUGUGCACUGAAUGGUAAGUUGACCAAGUCAACUUAAAAUGAAAGCAGAGCUUGUUUAUGGCGUAAGUGACUGUUGAUUUUUAUUUGUACCAUACCACAGAUGUGUCCCUAGUGUUAUUGAUAGAUAUUAGGAAUACUGUAGGUGAGCCUAGCUCAUUAAACUGUAGCUUUUAGUCCUCCACCUGUUCUUUCCUGUGUGCAUGAGCAGUGACCGUGGAGGAGGCACGCGAGUCACACACCACACACCUCUGAUCUUUGUCUUCAGCUUCUUCACACCUCGUUCUUUCCUUAGUUUGACAAAACUUUCCUCGUCUUUCAGUUUUAAAACUAUGUCGUGAUUGACAGGACUACAUUUUCAGCCAUACCUUGUACUCUUGCAGCCUAAAAGGAAUGAAAAAAUGGGUUUAAAUUUUUUGUGUGGUUUAGAGAGGAUUAAAGUUGUCUUACUUUAGCAAGGUACUUGAAGUUGACAUGUCUGUGAAAGGAUAUUGGAAGAUAAGAUGAUGAUGCAGAAAAGCAAGAUUGGCUGAGAUUGUGGCAAUUGAGCCUUGGCUCUUGAGAGAGUGCAAGUUUUAGUGAUGUAAGGUCAGCCAAGCUGCGACUGAGGACGGCAUGUUAGGAGGAGCUACACCACAUGCACACCUUGUUGGUCUGUGAUAUUGUGAAAAGCUUGUUGGGUCCCAUGUGCUGCCCUCCUGGAGGGCUUUCUGGGCAGCAGUAAGCAAUGGGUACUCGCAUCUCUUGUCCAAAAGGAAAAUUGUGUUAGGCUGAGAAUUCUUUAGAAUUCCUGUGUUAAUGACUAAUGUCUGUUACCAAAAUGAGUCAUAUGAUGACGGAAAGUUGAUUGUUCUUUGUAGCAUUUGAAAUGCUAAAGCACUUUUUCCAGUUACUGGAUGAUAGAUAAUGUUGUUUGUUUGAUGGACUGAUUGAAAAUUCAGUUAGGUGGAAUGUGGCACAGCAAAUGUUCAAGCACCAUGGGGUAGAAGCAGUGGGACUUUCUUUUGCUUUUUAACAUCCAUACUUAGGAAUUGUAUGUUUUCUUUUUGGUCAUUCAUUUGAGUUGUGGAUUUGCAGAUUUAAAAUUAUUUUUCCCUGUAGUGGUAAGCUGGUGAUAAGUCAAAGUGCCUUGUGACUUGUGAUAAAUUGUGGAUGGAGGAGCUUGUACGCUCUCUCAUUUGAAAAUAAUUGCCAAGUUCCUGAAUACAUGGGGAUCAAUUGCUGUAGCUUGUUUAGUUCUCAGAGCUGACUUUACCAUGUUGCAUAUUCAAUGACAGGAGUUGUUUCCAGUAAUGUGCUUCUAGGUUUGGUGUUUAAAUUAAUUUAAUUUAUUUUUUACAAAUUUUGCAUACCAGUUAGAAAAUUUGGUGCUUGAUGCAUUAGCCAUGCCACAUUCAGAAAGGCAAUAUAGGACUGCUAGUAUGUAAAAACAAAAACCCCAAAGGAGGCAUUGUCACAUGUUACAAUGCCUUGUUCCACUUUAAGGGAUCCUCCAAAUUGAGAGACAUUAAAAUUUCAUUGCCAAGCAAGACAUGAUGUGCAUGUACCCUAUUGAAGGUGUUUCUAUUGUCCAACAAUUCUCAGACCUUCCAUGACAGGCAAAGUGGAUGAUGCACAGUAGCAGCAGCGGAGCAACAGUGAGGCGACGGUCAGGUACAACCACAGCCGCAGAAUGUAACAGUGUAGCAACAUUGUUGUCUAGUGGUGUAACUACAAUGGCAAUUUUCCACAAUUUCUAAACUACUUGUAAAGUAGGAAAUUAACCAAAUUUAUAAAAUGAGUUUAACCAGUCUUCAUGGAAGAUUAAAAAAUUGUAUGCAGCCCAUACAGUUGAUGAAUUGGUGCGCUGCUGUAUCAGAUACAUUUAUGUUGUUGUUGUUGUUGUUUUCUUUCCAAUCACAUAUUGGCUAAGCCCCAGAAGAAGGCUACAAGAAGUUGUGUAAAGUGUGACUAUACCGUGAAACAGAGGAUAAGCCACAGCGAACCCUCCACAGUGUAACAUAAGGCUGAUGUGGCCGUCCCAGGAGCUGUCUAAAUUCCAGGCGAUUGGGACAUCAGUGUGACUCCAAGAGGAUAAUCUUGUGUCUUCAGAUAUUUACAUUUUUCAUGUAAGAGACUUUGGAAAGUAAUAUUUUAACUUAUAUAUUCUGUAUAAAGAGACUGUAUGCUGAUGUCAACUUGUAGAAUACAAAAGAUUUGAUUUUCAAA